AUGGACAAUUGGACCGCUUAUCAUCAGGCGCAGCCCGCAGAAAAUGGUGAGUGAAAUUCAGAACAUAAAUCGAAUUUAAAGCUCGAAAAUUAUAAAAUGAGACAUCUUGAGUAGGCAAUUGACAGAAAAACAACAAAAAAACAACUGGAAUUCAUGUAGCUUGAGUCGGUUCUAGUCUCAAAACUAUUGGGAUCACUAGAAUCACAGUUUUUUAUGUUUAAACUCUGAAAACAGCAAAAUCAUCGUUUUCAAACUUUUUUGGCCAAAAAACAUGUAGAAACCGAUGCGUUGGAGCGCACUUUGUUGACGCGAUAAGAACAGUUGAUAACAAAAAAAUUAAGCAAAUCAAUUUUUCAGUUGAUUGGGCCCAACUUGCACAACAAUGGAUGGCGAUGCGAGACACCGAGGAUCGCGGUGGCGGAGGUUACGCACAGAAUGGCCACCAUCAUCAGCAUCACCAUCAGCAGCAGGAUUUUCAUCAGAAUAUGAAUUGGAACGGACCGCCCGGACCUCCACGUCAUUCAGAAUGGGCUGGCGACUGGACGAGCCGCGACGAUCAGUGGAGAGGCCCACCGCCCCCGCAAGCCUAUCAUCAGGGCUAUCAGAACCAUCCCCAUCCGAAUCAAUUUGGCCCUCCGCCGCCUGGACCUGGAAACUUCCGGCCUCCUCCUCCUCCUCAAUUCCAUGGACCUCCUCAUGGCGGUGACACGUGGCGAAGCCAUGGUCCACCACCACCCGGACCGUCUGGACCUCCUCCAAAGAGCUUGUUUCCGUCGGCGGCUCCUUCUGGACCAUCUGUUCCUUCUGGGCCUCCGCGCCCGUUGUUUGCAGCUCACGCUCGCAAAGAACCAGGAUCGUCAAGUCUUUUCAACGCACCGGGACCUCCUUCCGGGCCGCCUGGCCGAUCGGAACAUCACAGAGCACAACUGCACUUUUUCCAAGAGACCCCGCGAGCUCCCCACGCUCCGAUGCACCACGAUUCGCAGCCACCUCCGCCCCCGCAAGCAGUUCCGCCGCCACCUCCUCCUGCCAACUUCGACCUAGAUAAAGAGGCUAGGAAGAGGCUGCCUGCGUGGAUUCUGGAAGGACUGGAGAAAGCGGAACGCGAGAAGCAAAAACAGUUGGAAAAAGAGGAAAAGUUAAGAAGAGCGGAAGAGGAGAAGGCGAGACGGAGGGCGGAAGCCGGAAAAAGCAAGUUCGACUCGUCGUCGGAUGAGGAGAACGAAGUGGAGGAAGAAAGAGGAAGAGCGAGGAAAGUGGAGGAGGAUGGAACCGAUGGAAACGAGGAGGACGAUGAGGACGAUACGGAGGAAAAACGAGAGCUUUUUGUAAGGAUUCCCAGCCACAAUUCUACGAGAAAAUGCGCGAUCUUUAUCGAUUUUUCACUCAAAUUUACCCAAAAACUAGCGGCAAAUUGGAUGAGCGAUCUGAUUUUAUCAAAAAGUACCUUUUUCCAGAUGCGCUGUGUGAAAACGCUAAUGAUGAACGUGCUUCUGGACGCGUCGAACGAUGCGAUCAUGCGAAUUGUGCAGGAGGAGCUCCGUGAGCAUCAGAAGCGUCGGAAGACAUCUUCCGUUCCAGCAGCGCCCAAGAUUCUGAGUCAAAGUUCGGCACUUGCAGCUCUCGCGGCGUUUGGUCUGUGCCGCUGCCUACUUCUGGAAUUUUUUCUUAUUUUUCAGGUGAUGGCGAUGAAAGUGACGAAGACAAUGAAGAUGUAGGGACAGCGGAACGAAGCGACGAGCCGAGCCGAGCGCCGACUUCUUCAGAGCAGGAAUUCAAGGCUCCCGUGGGUAUACCUACUCGAAAGUUUAGUGUUAAGACUGAUCACCCAAAAGCCAGCCACCAAAGCCAGGUUCUUGAUGGUUCGCGCGCAGAAGGUAAGGUAAACCCUGCUUCUCUCAUCUCAAUCUCUUUUCGUUCUCUGUUCUUUUUGAAGUUGUUGCAUGGGCCAUUCUAGUGGAGACUUUUGUAAUAAUUUUCGAAAAAAAAUCGUUCGUUUUUCAGAUGUUAAUCGAAAAGAGGAGAAGAGCAAGAGAGAGGUAGAGGAGGAUAGCAAGAGAUCGCACAAGAAGAGCAAGAAGCGAAGCCGAUCGAGAAGCCGUGAGCGGGAUUCAAGGCGCCGACGCUCGAGAAGUCGAUCGUCGGAGCGUCGCCGUAAACGUUCGCGGAGCAGAAGCUCGGAACGACGGAGAAGAGAGCAUCAUCAGCAUCGGCGUUGA